UCAUUGCCGUUGAGGCGCCGAGCAGGAGCCUACAUGUGCCGUGUGCGCGUCUCGCCGGGAAUGUGAUGCGGGCUGGGAAGCCUGCCGGGCCAGGCAUCUCCCCUGCAGGGCUGCGGAGGCCAGACGGCAGCUUCGGGGUCUCCUUCCCAUGGACUGUUCCUCCGGUCGAGCAAGGCUCCGAGGCCGCUAGUCUUCUCCACAAAACCCUGUUUCGCGUUGGCAGCGCUUCUGCACCUUGCCACAAGUAGAACCCUGUGAGCCCCCCUUCCCAGUUGCGGGCUAUUGUCAGCAUCGCUGGCUGCAUGCGAGGCACCUGGGCAAGGUGUGCAGAGGCAAUCCAUGCCACGACGUGGGUCAUCAGAGGGAGAAGGGUCCUUUUGCAGGCUGCAGGCAUGUGGUACAGCUGCUGCAUCGCCCAGACAGGGACCCUUCCUCACCCACCAUCCUGCACUGUUGCCACCAGGCUGAGACCAUGGUCUGUUAAUCCUGGGUUCCCCCUGGGUGUGCUAAUAGGAAUGGAACCAGCAGGCAUCAAAGCUGCAGUGCUGGUGGAUUAUGACUGCAGGGGAGCUGUGUUGCAUCUGCAAAUCUCAGCUGUGCAUCAAGGGCACAUCUGAGCAGAGCCCCUGUGGACACUGAAGAGCUGGAGAGGACAUUGCAGAGGCUCGGAGGCACACCGUGAUGGUGGGAGCCAUUCCACGGCAGCCACGGCGCUUCUGGGGGGUGCCUGACUGGCAGGUGAUUUCAGCUGGUUGUGCCAACGACCGCCUGCUGCGGGACAGGGAAGUUAAUCCGGAGAUAAGCAGGGUUCUGCUGCAGAGGGAUGCUGUGCUGCAGACCACUCCAUAGUGGAGGGCUCAAACAGAGAUCCUGAGCAAGGGGGGUCCAGCUUCCACCCCCUGCCCUUGCACUCUGACCUGUGGCACUUUACAGUCCCACUCCUGCUGCUGCAUGGGCUGUUCUGACUCCGGCUCCGCUCGGAGUCCAGGCAAGUGAGGCUCCAUGCGGCACAUCCACACAGAGACGUCCCUGCCCCCGGAGCGCAGCACAGACCCCAGCCUGUCCCGGCCCAGUGGAGAGACGCCCUUGGAGCCCUCCUCGCAGCGCUGCACCCACCGCAGCAUCCUCAUGGGCUACAACGAGACAGAGAUCAAGCGCCAGAAGGUUUACCAGGUCUCCAUCUUCUCCCACCUCUCCAGCUCCUCUGAGAGCACGGAGCAGCGGGCAGGCAGCCAGCCGGCUGUCAAAAGGGGAUACCCUGAGCAGCGAACUCUGGAGGGGGGGCGAGAUCCCAAACGAACUCACUGGGGUGACAGGGGGGUGGAGAGCAAGCGCGAUGGGGGCCCUGGGCAGCCUUCCCUGGACGAUGAUGAUUCCUUUGAGGAUGGUCUGCUGGUGGAGGAGUUAUCCCUGUGCGGCUCUGCCCAGCACUUCUCCCACAGCGGGCUGCAUGUGGUGGAGCACCGCUGUGAGGGCAGCCCCAGCCACAGCCCCAAAGCCAGCAGAGAGGACAAGUCACAGUAUGUCUCCUCAUCCUCCUCCUCCUCCUCCUCCUCCUGGCCCCAGCACAUUGCUUGCAGUACUUUGCACAUGAGAGACAGUUGCUCUGUCUCAUCGGGGGAUCAUCCCACAGACUAUGGAGAAAAUGGGGAGCCAGCAAGUGGCCACAAUGUACUUCACCUUGAAUUGCACAGUAUUGCACAAACAACCCAGUUGGACUCUGAUGGGAAGAGAGAGAAGCCAGGCAGCAUCCCAGCUCACAGCAGCAGGGCUGGUGGAGAAGAUGAAGGGUCAGUGGUGGGCAAUGGGUGCAAGAAGCCCCCAGCUCCGCAGACAGCGCUCAGUCCUGAGCCCAGCAACCUGAGCUCCCAGGAGACAACACCCUGUGGGAGCAGCCACUUCAGCAGCAGCUGCCCAGCCAAAAGGAAGUUGCUGCCUGCUGGUGAGGUUGUGGCUGACUCCUGCUCUGAGGAUGAGAGCCUGUCCCCACCGGCAAGGAAGAAGAGGGUCCUGCCAUGCCACCCCGUCCCCACAGCGUGCCGCAGCACUGAUGCCAAGGGGGCCCCUUUCUGGAAUCACCUGCUUCCUGCUGCCAAGACUUCUGCAGAUUGCACUGCAGUCGGGAGGAGGCUGAAGAGCGGGCUACGCCUCAAAUCGCGACAUCUCCGGAGCAGCCUCCGGAGGGGCACCAGAUCUCCCACAGCACCCUGGGCCGCCACCACUGUCAGCCAUGCUCUGCUGGGCAACUUUGAGGAGUCCAUCCUGAAAGGGCGCUUUGCCCCGUCGGGAAGGAUCGAGGGUUUCACGGCCGAGAUUGGUGCCAGCGGCUCCUACUGCCCCCAGCACGUCACCCUGCCUGUUGACGUCACCUACUUCGACAUCUCUGAACACAGCGUGCCCUCGCCUUUCCUGGGAGUGAUUGACUUGGAGGCCUUGGGAAAGAAGGGUUACAGUGUCCCCAAAGCUGGAACCAUCCAAGUGACCUUAUUUAACCCCAACAAGACUGUGGUGAAGAUGUUCUUGGUGACAUACGACUUCCAGGACAUGCCAGCCAACCACAUGACCUUCCUACGCCAUCGCAUCUUCCUGGUGCCCGUGGGAGAGGAGGAGGGGGCCACCGUGGCCUCCAGCGACCCACUGGGCACCAGCCCACCCCGCAGGGUCCUCUGCUACCUGAUGCAUCUGAGGUUUCACAGCUCCAAGUCGGGGAAGAUCUACCUUCACGACGACAUCCGGCUGCUUUUCUCCCGCAAGUCGAUUGAGGUGGAUUCGGGGAUCCCCUACGAACUGAAAUCCUUCACAGAGAUGCCCAGGAACCCCUGCUACUCGCCCCGGGCCUGACUUUCCUCACCCCCCCAGGGCUGCUGGGGAGCCUCCAGCCCAGCACUCUGGGGAGAGAUGAGUAACAGGCCAGCAAGCAAACACUGCUUUGAAACAUCGCCCAUCCUCCUGACCAGCACAGACACCACGCCCUGCAGCAGGGCUGGGAUUACCCAGGGGGCUUCAUCCAGAGGGGCAGGGGCUGGCACUGCAGGGACAUGCCCAAGCCUUCUGCUGGUGCUGCUCCCAGCUUGGAGACUUGUCUGUGGCUGAGGUGGGUGGGAAGUGAAGAGUUGGGCCCGGGCUCUAGGUAAGACUACCCACAUUGGCCCUGGGGGUGGGAGCAGAAAGUGUGGAAGGGUUUGUAUUUAUUAGUAUUUAUUGUUGCUGGGAGCGCAGAAGAGGCUCGUGCAUAGGACCUGAGGUGCUGUGCUUGUUCUUCCCCCUGACCCUACCAGCACAGGGCUGCCCCUUUUGGGGCAGGUCUGUGGGGACUGGAAGGGUCACUGGGGAAGGCAGAGUGGCCCACCUCUUAGCCUGGGUGCAGCUCCCAGGCCAGGGCUGUGUUAAAAGACUGGGAGAGGCUUGGCCUUGCUGGGCACCAGCUCUGCGGGGCCAGCCCCACUCCAAGCAAUCCUGACUCCUUUAGGGCAAGGCAGACCCCAUGGGGUCAGUGGCAGUCAGGGCCAUUGCCCUGGUUCCUAAGGCUCAGAGACACGGCUGUCACGUGGAUGGGGACCUGGGGCUCUUUGCAGAAGCAUUGGGGAUAGCCCUCUCUGGGCAAGAGCCUCCAGAGCACGUACGCCACGGAUCUGAGAAGAUUGCCAAAAACUAGGAGCCUUGCACCAUUUGCAGGUGUGGGGUGAAUCCCAACCAGGAGGCAGCUUUGGGCAGGGGUGUGCCGGCAGCACCAUCAGGGGCUGGAGGAUGGGCAGGAGCUCAGUCCCUGAGGAGAGAGGAAGCAACAGGGACAUCAAACUCUGGGCCCUCAGGAGGGGGUCUGGGGGUGACCUCAGAGCAGCACUGGGAGUGCUCCCCCGUAGGAGCACUCUGGGGAGCUGCAGGCCAAGCCCAGGGAGGUGAGGGGGGCAGGGGUGAGAGGGUGAAACAAGCUGGAACAUACCUCGUCUGUAUCACCCCUCUUCCUGAGGUCUCUGCAAGGCUCCCAAGCCCCAGACACGUCCCCCCACCGGCUACCUCGGGCCCCCCUGGAUUCCCGUUGCUUCCCACGGAUCCCGGGUGGGGGCGUGGGGAUGGGCCGGGACAGGGGGAGGCCUGGGAGGAGGUCCUGCUCUCCCCUGCCCGAGGGCAGCCGAGGGGACUCCGGCCCUGCUGGGCUGGGAGGAGGGUGGGGGCCUGAACCCCCUCACACACGCAGCGGGGGCUGAACCUCCCUCCCCUGGGGGCUGAACCUCCCUCCCCUGGGGGCUGCUCGCCCCACACCCGGGGCCCUGAACCCACCAAACACCCGGGGCCCUGAACCCACCAAACACCCGGGGCCUGAACCCUCCACACCAAGGGACUGAGCCCCCUAAACACCAGGGGACUGAACCCCCAAACACCGGGGGCCGCUUCCCCCCCGCCCUGGGCACCGGGGGACCGCCAUGACACCGGGGUCUCUCUCGCCCUCAGGAUAUCGGGGCUGCCCCUUUCGCCGCGGGGUCGCGAAGGCCGUGCCGGUACUUUUUCGUGUUCGUUUCUAUUUUAAUAAACGCCCGUUUGGAGCCCGA